AAGAUUAUGAAAUUGUAAUCAGGAGCGCUGCACGAGCGGGCGCCUCGCAGGAAUUGCGAAAUCCGGAUUGUCGCAGGGAUUGUGGCAAGGUUUAGAGGCGAGGAGGGUUUUGGCAGAGGAAGCAGGAUUUGGUUUUGGCACGCACGAGGAGGAAUGCUGAAUUGAGAGAGGAGGAGGAGGUGCUGCAAGUGCGACGAGCGCAGCCGGAGGCGAUCAAUGGCGACGUUGAUGGGGAGCUUGAUGCUCGCCAAGCCCGCAGCAGGGCUGCAGUGUGCAUCUUCGGCCAGGCUUCAGAGUUUGGAGACUGGAGCUCAGAGGCUCAGAGCAGGCUGUUUGGUGUCCGCGCCCAAGCAGCGGCGACAAUGUGCACGGAGUGGUGUGGUUCUGGCUGUGGCGACGAGUGCCGAGGUUUCUAGCAAUGGCUCUGCGAAAGCGGUAGCGCAGGAUGGCCAGGAGAUUCCUUUGCACGAGCAGCCCACUUAUGGUCGUCAAUUCUUUCCUCUAGCAGCCGUUGUCGGACAGGAUGCUAUUAAGGCAGCGUUGUUGCUGGGAGCAGUUGAUGUUGGAAUUGGAGGAAUUGCUCUGUCUGGAAAGCGUGGUACUGCAAAGACCAUUAUGGCGAGAGGACUUCAUGCACUGUUGCCUCCUAUCGAAACGGUGAAGAAUUCUGUGGCGAAUGCUGACCCAUUGAAGCCUGAGGAAUGGGAAGCCGGGUUGGAAGAAUUUCUGGAGUACAACAACGAUGGAAGUAUCAAAACGGAGAUUAAAAGAGCUCCUUUUGUACAGAUUCCUCUCGGUAUCACGGAGGAUCGUUUGCUAGGCUCAGUAGAUGUAGAAGAAUCCAUCAAAUCGGGAACUACAGUUUUCCAGCCAGGCCUCCUCGCCGAAGCUCACAGGGGAGUCCUUUAUGUCGAUGAGAUCAACCUCUUGGACGAAGGAAUAAGCAAUUUGCUUCUCAAUGUUCUUACUGAAGGAGUGAACGUUGUGGAAAGAGAGGGUGUCAGCUUUAGGCAUCCCUGCAAACCCCUACUCAUCGCCACGUAUAACCCCGAAGAAGGAGCCGUCCGCGAACAUUUACUUGAUCGCAUCGCCAUCAAUUUAAGUGCGGAUAAUGAAAUGGAGUUUGACGACAGAGUGAAUGCUGUCGAAAUAGCAACCCAGUUUCAAGAGAGUGCCAAGCAGGUUCUUGGUGAUGUAGCUGAUGCUACGGAUGCUGUUAAGACACAGGUUGUUCUCGCCAGGGAGUAUCUGAAAGACGUUACCAUCAGUAAAGAGCAAAUUAAGUACCUUGUCACAGAAGCAAUAAGAGGCGGCGUCCAGGGUCAUCGUGCAGAGCUGAUGGCUGUCAGGGUAGCUAAAGCAUUUGCUGCUCUGGAAGGACGUGAAAGAGUUGGAGUUGAUGAUCUGAAGAAGGCGGUUGAGCUCGUCAUUAUUCCGAGGUCGAUGGUCAUGGACAGACCCCCAGAUCAAGAUAACAACCCUCCUCCUCCACCACCGCCCCCUCCUCCGCAAAACCAGGAUCAAAAUGAAGAUCAGGAAGAAAAGGAAGAGGAAGAUGAAGAUAAGGAGGAUGAGGAAGAUACCCAGGAUGACGAGGAACAAGUUCCUGAGGAGUUUAUAUUCGAUGCCGAAGGAGGAAUGAUGGACUCUCAACUGCUUUUCUUUGCUCAACAAGCUAAUCGGAAGAAGGGCAAAGCUGGACGUGCCAAGAAUGUCAUUUUCUCUGAGGACAGAGGCCGCUACAUCAAGCCCAUGCUUCCCAAGGGUCCAGUAAAGAGGUUAGCUGUGGAUGCAACGUUGAGAGCAGCUGCACCUUUCCAGCGCUUGAGAAGACAAAAAGGAAUUGAUGAGGGUAGAGAAAGAAAGGUCUACGUCGAGCAAAGUGAUAUGAGAAGCAAGCGUAUGGCUCGCAAGGCUGGAGCUCUGGUAAUAUUUGUUGUGGAUGCAAGUGGAAGUAUGGCCUUGAACCGCAUGAACAACGCCAAGGGUGCAGCAAUGCAACUCUUAGCUGACAGUUAUACUAGUAGAGAUCAGGUUUCCAUCAUUCCCUUUAGAGGAGAUGCCGCUGAGGUUCUGCUUCCACCCUCAAGAUCUAUUGCCAUGGCGAGGAAGCGUUUGGAUAGGCUACCUUGUGGUGGUGGUUCUCCUCUUGCACAUGGACUGACCACGGCCGUUAGAGUAGGAAUCAACGCUGAGAAGAGCGGAGAUGUUGGACGAGUGAUGAUCGUUGCAAUCACGGAUGGAAGAGCAAACGUGUCACUAGCUAAAUCGACCGGAGAUGAGGAAGCUAACAAACCGGAUGCACCACGACCUACUCAAAAGGAGUUGAAGGAAGAAAUCUUGGAUGUCGCUGGAAAGAUCUACAAGCAAGGGAUGUCGUUACUCGUGAUCGAUACGGAGAACAAGUUUAUUUCCACCGGUUUUGCAAAAGAGAUGGCGCGAGUUGCCCAAGGAAAGUACUACUACCUUCCGAAUGCCUCAGAUGCGGUGGUGUCGGCAGCCACAAAGGAGGCGCUCACUGCGUUGAAGAGUAGUUAGGUUUAGUGAAGGUGCUGCAGAAGUGAACAUCAUGGGCCACGUCUUCGGGCAGCUUCUGGGUUCCUGCUGUAUCCAAGCAGAGUGUACCUUAGGCUCAGAUACUCCAUGGAUGACGUCCCUCUUCUUCUUCCUUCCACUAACACAUGUGGAAAUAGCUACAAUCUGAGGAUAGUACUGGUAGCGUCGAGGGUUCGCCGUCACGCCUCCAGCUAAGGUGAAACCACUACAGUAGCAACAAAGCCAAGGUACAUAGAGAGUGGUAGUGGUGCAACGGGAAGACAUCGUUCUUAUCAGUGGCUGGGUUGACCAGGUCAGUCAUUCCCUCCUUCCCUUGUACCCGCAGCAGCAGCAGCAACAGAAGCGGAGGAGAAAUAGAUAUGUAGAAAAUAGUACUGCCUUGUUGAAUGUAUGAAACGAAUAGAUUGAUUCAGUUCCAUCCUAUCCACUGUCCCAUUCACAUUGGACGUAACAACUUACUAUUCAUGAAUUGGACCUUUUUAUACCUGC